UGGUGUGCCUGGUGGUGUCCGGGACCUUCGGCGUCGGGCUGAGCUUUGCUGACUCGUCCGCCCUGGUGCUGGGGCUCUCCAGCGUUAGCGUGGCCAUCAACUCCAUGGGCAUCGGGCACAUAUCGAGCAUCGUGGUGGAGCUCUUCCCCACGCACCUCAGGGCGAUGGCCGUCAGCCUGCACCUCAUGGCUGGCCGCACGGGCUCCAUCGCCGGCAACCUCAUCUUCGGCCUGCUGCUCUCGACCAACUGCGCGUUCGCCUUCUACGCCAUCGGCGGCGCACUCCUCACUUGCGCCGUGCUGAGCUGCCUCCUGCCCGCCAGAGGGAAGUACGCCGCCUAGGUCGUCCCGGCCGCGGCCGCCAGCGCCGACUAGAAACUUGAGAGGACGCCGCGUUGCGACUCCGUCCGUGACGCGUGAUGGCCCUGAUGAUGGUCUCGGGCCCUGCGGCCCACGUCAUGUCGUGAAGGUCCUGCGGCCGGCAACAAUGCCAGCGACUGCUACGAUAUCGCCCCAAUAUAGGAAAUUUAAUUGAGGAGUUUGUCGGUCAAUGAUCUAAGACUUCACAAUAAUAUUAUGCGUAUUUUUCAGUCCCCGCGAGUGUGCUGGGUGCUACUAGUCGUUACGUAAUAUUAUUGUGUUCAACUGUUUGUCUCGUUUGUCGUUGGGGCUAGUGGGUGACGACGAGUGUGCUGCGUACAGAAUGGGUACGCAGAAAGACAAAGGUUUAUAAUUUUCACGCGCUGACUGUGAUCAAACCAGUGUAAUGGUUUAUGUUUGUAACUCGUUUAAGGUAGUAAAACUAAAUUAAUGCCUA